AUGGAGCGACAGGGAGGCGCUUGCAUCAAAGCCGGUCUGGGCACUAUCGCUGCUGCCCGAGAAAACGACUUUGCCAUUGUUACCUCCAACCUGCAGUACCUGGCUGAGGCCAUCGACGCCAUCAUCACUCUGCUUGGACGUAUGUAUGACGCCAACAUAUACCAGACUCUCACUGCUGCUGCUCCACUGACUACGGUACAUCCAGCGAUGCAGGCAGCCCUGAAGGAGGAGACUGCGACAAGAGGCAUGGUACCGUUGAUGUGA